AUGGGCCCCCGAGAGGCCACCGGUCAGGUCACCGAAGAAGUGCCGCAGUGUCUGAACUUUUGCGAGAGCUUCGACCCGCCCUCCAGCGCCGAAGUCAAGAUCAUGCUAGACAGCCAGAACGACGAGAGGAUGGGGGUGGAUGCGACAGCACCUGGUCUGCGGCAGUGUGAUGUGCGGCGCAACCUCAUAGGGGGCGACGUGGAUAACUCCACCUCAUACCCACUUUGCGUUGCUCGCAAGACCGAACUGGUGUGCUGUGCUGCGCCAGUGCACUCCACUAGCAUCGCCAGCGGGAUGUUCGGUGUGUUGACUUCCGUGCUUGCGCGGGAAUGUAGGUCCGUUGUGACCGGCCGCAUGGCUGGAGCGCUCUUUGCAGGAACAACUUGCGUGGCGACACGAUGCGCUUCCAAGGCGGCCGGAGGUAGCACCACGAACGGCCGCAAUUCGCGAGGCAGGCGUCUAGGGGUGAAGAAGUUUGGGGGGGAAAACGUGGUAGCGGGAAACAUCAUCAUCCGACAGCGCGGCACUCAGUUCUACCCCGGAAAGGGGGUUGGCAUGGGCAAGGACCACACGCUCUUCGCGAUGUACCCGGGGUUUGUCGUCUUCAGCCGCAGCCCCUUCACGAAGCGACGAACAGUGUCGGUCAUGAAGGCUAAGGUGGACACCGAGGCCGUCGCGGCCUUGCUGGCAGAAGAACAAGCGAGAGAAGCCCGGGCACGAGCUGCCAGCGGGAUUUACGUGUCGAUGUAA